AUGAAGGACUCCGAUGGAGACUACUUGCCCAUGGGAGGAUCGGAUUCGACUAGAAUCGGGGAACAGAUCAAAACUGAACCGGAGGAGCAAGCGGACAGCAAAGACGAGGAGUCCGUCCAGCCACUGCAGUGCUGUAUCUGCAAGGAGUGGCCACAGCAGUGCCUGAACUACUGCCAAAGGGUUGCCAUGACCUGCACGCCUUUUCCAAUUGUGGCCCUCACUGUGGGGACUAGAUACUGCUGCGAGCCCCUUGGGACAUACCCGACCAACUGGGACAAACUGUCCUUGGUUAAGCUCUUCGGCUGUCUGGAAGUAGGCGAGGGCAGUGAAUCGGUGUAUGCCCUCACUUAUCAGUUGGCGGUCGUUUGCCAUGGGUGCAUCCUCGGGCUGAACCAGAGGGGAUGUCCAUCCCAAGGUCCAGCGAGUCCCUGUAUUCGUAUGCUUCUCACGGUUGACUCGCUGACUUGCAUCAAGGACUUGUGUGACAGAUACUGUCCCGUGUGUCUUCGUGCAUGGUCCACUGUAUGGUGUGACGAUAUGGUGCAGUGUGACGGCUGUGAGUUCUGGGUACAUGCCAAAUGUGAUAACUUCACUUGCAAAGAGCAGUUCACAGAGCUCACUGACAAGGACGUGAAAUACUUCUGUCCCAUCUGCCGAGAUAGCACUUCAAAAUCCAAGUAUAUAAGAGCACUAGAUCUACUUAAAGCUCUCGAUAAAUCACAUCUGUUCAGCGAGCCCGUGAAUGCAGCCUUCGCUCCGCUGUAUUUGAGGGUGGUGAAGAAGCCUAUGAAUCUCCGUAAGAUGAGGCAGAAAGCGGAGGCCCACAUGUAUCCGUCAGUCCAGGACUUCGUAGAUGAUUUCGAUCAAAUCAUCGCUAAUGCUAAGCUCUUUAACAUGCCUAACACGCAGACCUACAAGAUUGCCGAGCAAUUCGAAAAGAACGGUAAACUGGUCUUGGAGCGGUAUCUCUUGAAAGUAGCGGGAGCAGCUGGGGUGGCCAAGAUCGUCAAUGAAUCACCGUCCUCGCCUGCACUGCCCAUCGACGUUGCAUCGAUUGAGGGCUCUGACAAAUCGGCCAGGACUCGGCGGUCCACAAGGAUCUCCACCAAGCCUGGGACUGAUGGACCGUCUCCUUACAAGCAGCGGCUGAAGAAAUCUAGGAAGGCUCCAUCUAGUUCGACUAGACUACUCUUGUCGCCCUCAAUAUCUCCAGCCUCCCUCAUCAUCACAGACCCAAGAAUACUAGACCUGAUCGCUCUGGUGCCUCUGUGCAAUCGGCUCAUCUUAGUUGUCUCCGUCCGUCCCCCCGUCCCCCCUGGCAUACCCCUGUGGAGCCCUCGUGGCGCCCAAUUUCAUAGUUCCCUGUACAGGAUCCCCUACUUGUUCACGGUCGUUGGCUCCUCUUUGAAUGCUGUGCUAUCUAGGGUGGCAGGUCUACCAGACAAGAAAAGCUAUCACUGUCCUGGGUGUAACCGUUGUCCGUAUUGUGCCCAAAUUUGCAGCAAGUCUCUGAGCAAUGAUCCUACUGAGCUCGCGGCCCCCAAGAUGAUGUGUGUGAAGUGCGGUAUCAUAUGGCACAGCAAAUGCCGAGAUCGCUGGAUCAAGAAGACAGCCUCGUCUGAUAAGCUCGGUGACUGGCUCUGGGAUGACAAAUUCAUCAUGUGCGACCAGUGUGCUGCUGAGCAAUACAAAGUGUCCUUCAACGCCUCCCAUCGGUGCCUAGCGUGCAACGGUACCAUCAUCGACGGAACGGCUUCAAAGAAGACCUGCAGCUCUAAAAUCUUGUGCCUUAUAUGUGGUGGAAGGUGGCACAGUAAAUGCAUCCCCGAGUUCCGAGAUCUCACUAUGAUAUCGAUACCAGACUAUAUCUGCGCCCAGUGCCUGGCCGAUACGCCGAUGGAUGAGCUGCCUCGGAGGCGCACCAGCAACGACCAGACCCCGACUACCACUGCCUCGGAUACUGAAAUCGCCAAGAGCCUGUCGUCGGAGCUGAUAAGUAUUCGGAAUCGUCACGCUGCAUGUGCAGAGCGCUCACGGAUGCUCGAUGCCUUGGCUGGUCGCCACAACAGUGGACUGUUGAGGAAGCUCCCGAAGCACUUGGAGCCUGCUCUGCAGCAGACUAUGGCGUUGGCUGGCGCCACUUCUGGAGGAAACGCUGGCACCACGCCGAGCGUCAUCGGUGAGGAUUGUGAGGACUGGCUUGUGCGGACCAUGGGACAAGACGUCUUCAUGCCAAGAAGGGCCACGAAGGUCUCCGGAAAGACCUCGCCAACAGUGUCCACUCCCCAAGAUGCGCUGAUAGCACAACGGCUUCUGGCUGCUAGAGACAUUCUGCAGUGGAUCGACACCCAAGACUCCUCGACUGACCACACUGGGCACGACUCGAGUCCUUCUCCAGUGAGGGCCGAGACGGUAUUGGUGCAGCGGUCGUGGUGGCUCCAGCAGGGAAGCGAUCCUGCUGUGCUCUUGCUGAAGAUCAUUCAUAAGAUGCUUACUUCAGUGGACAAGGGAUACAUUGGAGCCUUCCUACUGCUUACAGAGUCCAGCGCGGUACCCAGUCAUUGGAACGGCGGUAUCGAAAGCCAGUGUGCCCAUACCCGUCUGGGACUCCUGCCCACGGACUUCUCGGCUUCCCCGCUGGAGCACCCUCGAAGGGAGCCUGAUCCGGGGGCCACCUCGGCCCAUGCACUACCACAAUAUGCUAGACUGAGCAGGUUCCGUAUUGAUGACGGGGUGCCGGUGUCGGCGAACUCAGCGGUUCGGUCAGGAGGGCUCAGCGUGAUCCGGAUGGGCACCAUAGACAGUAAGCAUCAGCUGGAGCAGCCCAACGGUUUUAUAGUUAUUCGGCUCUUUUGGUCGGUGGAACCCACGCGGAGGCGAUCUGCUUAUGUGUGCACCAUCGACUACGACGAUGACGAUGAUCGUGUUGUGACUAUUCGGGUAGCGACCGGAGGAGUGAUAGCCGUGGCGGACUCAAUAGAGGAUGCCUGGCGGCAGCUAGUGGAGCAGUUUUCCACCGAGAGACGUCAGCAAGUUUUGAGGGACUUCACACCGCAAUGGUUCUUCGGUCUGAUGUCGCCGGUCGUUGUGGCCCAUCUGCGCGAGGUCCGAAAGGCGUUCGCGAGACGGAAGAUCAUGCAAGAGGCAUCCUUAUGGAUGGACCAUCCGGGGGCGCGGGCGCAACUCCUGACGGGGCUGCUCGGACCUGGCAAUGAUUCAUGUGGGCCAGUGGAGAGUCUCAAGUUGAAGUCCUCCUGGGAGCAGCCGGUCCAGCCGGACAUGCGGGAGCUUGGCGUCGUUCGCGUACAGGAACGCGGAAUAUCACCACUCCUCAUUGGGCAACGGAGUGCCCACUAUAAGUUCCUUCUGGACCCUUCCAACUGCCCUGUAGAGAGCUCGACGGGCAGCAACAGCCAAACCACAGGGGAGUACAACCAAAUGAUAAAGUCCGCACGGACGAGGAUGCACUGGCCGGAAGGCUCCUCAUCUUCACCGACUCUGACGGCGCUGUACCGUAUUAGAGCCCAGACGGACGACAAUGAAGUGCUGGAAGUGAAACGGUCGAGGAUUCACAACUAUGGGUUGUUUGCCAAAGUGCGAUUCGCUAAGGGCGACAUGGUCGUGGAAUACGCAGGUGAAAUCGUCAGGCACUCUGUCGCCGACUGUCGAGAACGUUACUAUGAAGAGGAGAUGCUCAUGGGCCAGUGCUGCUACAUGUUCCGCUUAGACGAGCACUAUGUUGUGGAUGCCACCCUCAGGGGGAACACUGCCCGGUUCAUCAACCACUCGUGUAACCCGAAUUGCGUUUGCAAGGUUGUGGAGGACCCCGUCCCCUUGGCCAGUGAGGAUGACAUCUCCUUCAGAGGAGUCGUUCGGGCCUCUCAUAAGAAGCACAUUAUGAUAGUUGCCAAGAAUGACAUCAGCGCCGGGGAGGAAAUCACCUAUGAUUAUCAAUUCGCUGUUGAGUCCGAGAAGCUCGCAUGUAAAUGCGGCGCUCCGAAUUGUCUCGGUAGAUUGAAUUAA